UUGGUUUUAUUCUAUUUUUUCAAGAGGCUCCAUAACAGCUUUUUUCAAAUCGACAAGAAGAAAACAUCGGCGCAAGUUGUAAUGCAUUGAAAACAAUUGAAACUURAUUUUGACAAGACUUGAUUAAAGUCUUCAAUGAAGAAGAGCGUUUCUACAAACUUAGAAAUUUCAAUUUGAGCAAUUAAACCAUCAAAAGCAAUCAAAAGCAAUGUUUUCCCCGAUCACCUCGGCAGCUGCUCGCUGAUAACAAUCUCUCUUAGUUAGGGAUUGUUUUGUCCGGAAUUGCAUUCAAGUGGUAAUGGUCGUCCCAGUAUAUAUUAAAGCUUAACAAGAAAAGAGUUUCAAGAUAUUCUAUUGGUCCGAACGAGUUAUAAUUUAAACGUGAAACAAAAACGCCUCGAUUAGCAAUUGCAAGUUGUGCAUGGAUAUAUCGCUCGACAUUGGUUCAAGAGUUCUUCUUGAUACGGAGCAACGCAACUAAGGAUUAAGGUUUUUCAAAAAUGGAAAACAAUACUUCAUUUCCAGUGAACAAAUGUUUAUUUAUGCCUGAAGACUUUUAUACUUUGAUGAAUGUUUACGAUCAAGCUUUUCGAUUAUCAACAUAUGCUAUCCUAGCUAUUGGCAGUGUCCUUUCCGUUCUCAUCGUCAUGGUCAACGGUCUGUUCCUAUCGACAAUGGUGAAAACCCCAAAYCUUAUUAGCCCUCCGAAUAUACUCCUCUGUUCCCUAGCAACGGCAGAUGGUCUUACAGGGUUGCUAAGCAUACCGCUGUGCAUAGGCUGGGUCUUCGAUAUUCGGCUUUUGCAUUCAUGCGCGUACACUAAAACAACUCUCCUUUUUAUGUUCAUCAUAUUUGGUGCCUCCUUCUUCACUAUCGUUGGUGUUUGUCUGGAGAGGUAUCUUGCUUUAUUUUACAGUCUUCGCUAUGCUGCAAUGGUGACUUUAAAACGGGUUUUACUGGCGUUAUUACUCGCAUGGAUCUUCCCUUCCUUAUUCAACAGUUUGAUGAUAAUCAUGGGGGACUUGUACGCUCUUCUUGCUGUCUCCUUGGUUAACCUUUUCGUUGGAAAUACCAUCAUCAUGUUCACAUACUUUAGGGUCUUCAGACUUGUCAGACACCAUCGGAAACAGAUUCAUGCCCAACAGAAUCAAUUCUGCUUGGUAGACUCAACCGCCCGUCAGCGCAAACAUGCCAUUACAAUGGGUUUUGUCAUUGGUUCCAUGAUGUGCUGUUAUUUUCCUUUGUGUUGCUUUUAUGCUGUGUUGAUGAUAAAAGGAAUUCAUCGUGGCAUUGCCGUGCCUGCCUUGUACUGUAUGAUGGCAGCUUUGAGCAGCUCAUUGUGGAAUCCACUUAUUUAUUGCUGGAGGAACAGAGCUAUCAAGAUGGCAGUUUUAGAACAGCUUGCUCGUCUUAAAGGCUGCUUUACUGGACUACAAACCCAGCAAGUACAAGCAUUAUCGACUUAGUGUGGUUGUUUUUAGGAUUUCUAGUAAAACUUAACUCUUAUUCAUGGCGAUGAAACUGAUGCGUAUAUGGGCCACAGGCUUAAAGUACCCUGUAAAGGAUCGUUUUGCGCAAAACCUGUCGAGGCUAUAUAUUUUUUUGGACAUAUUUUUAAAAGCUGAACUACUGACGUACCAUCGAAGGCCGGGAACUUCUGAACCGUACAUAUACGUGUGAAUAAUUCUACACAACUMGCAAAACACGUGAAUAUCUGUAAUGAUAAAUAUUGUUGACAUGAACAGGCAUUACUUUGGUCGCUGACGUCCAUGUCACGUGAUCAAUGCUGACAAUAAACUUAAGUAAAGUGUAGUGGUGUCAAAACAACGCUGGACAUUCAGAUAAUGCCAGGGACGUAUUUGUAUUUAAUUGAGAUUUCGYAUUGUCUGUAAUAAAAGCUCAAUAUGUUGGUUGGCGAAAUAAAGUUUCACCUUUGAAAAAAGGGAAAAAGCA